AUGAAAAUCCUUUCCUUUCUCUUUCCUCUCCUCCUGGUGAUAUUUCACGGAGCUGCAGGCUUUGCAAAACCUCUAAGAUCUUUUAUACGAUGUGGCUAUCGUGGGACUUUCUGCUCUCCUGGGACAUGCCCUCUUGGCAAUGCUUACCUGGGGGUGUGUCGUUUGGGGCAUUCUUGCUGUAAAUGGUAA